AAAAGAAUCGUCAAGUGUAGCGGUAGCCACGCGGAAAAACCGAAAGAGGGCACGUAUGCGUCGCAGAAAGCCAGAACAUAAAAAGAUGGGAUAUCGGAUGGAUGGAAUAUUCCGGAUGUACAUUGGUGAUGUUGAAUAUGGAGCGAUUGAAGUGGCCAAGAAGUUUGAUACAACCAAACUGCUGACCGAUGGGUUUAAACUGAUGAAGGCUAUGCAUGAUAUCUUUGUAUGCUUAAGCCUCAAAUUGCAAGUUUUACAAAUGAGUAGUCCUAAGGGAUAUAUAACAAUAUUAAAACGAGAGAAGAUCCUUGAUGUGCCAGUUAUGGCCGAAAAAAUAAAAGAUCUUAUCAGGGUGUUGGCUAAUGUGUGGAGAAUGAAGAAAAUGAUCAUGGAUUGCAUGGAGGUAGUGAACAUGAGAACCCAAGAUCAGACAGAUUUUCUGCGAGAAAUAAUGGGCACAGAUACUCCACCAAUUACAAUUUUUAUUCCAU